AUGUCGGCUGGUUCAUCCAAAAUUCUCGCUAAGCGGGUACCACAGCGUGUUGUCGAUGUUGCGGAAGAAGUGCAAGAUUGGGAAAACUAUAUUAUUGUUAGAUUUCCCGAUGAUGUGGCGCAGAAAGUCGCUAAAAUGGUUGAUGAAGGUGGGUGUGAAGAGUUAGCAAUAAAGUUUGAUACAGAAAUGCGAAAUGCAACUGUAAGAUUCGGAGAACAACUAAUGCCAACAAAAAUUUAUGAUUUACCUUGUAUCAUUGAAGUAAUGAAAACUAUUGAUAAGAAAAAUAUUUACAAAGUCGCUGAUGCACCUCAGAUCAUGAUUUGUUCACAUGACUUGCAAUCUGUUACAACGAAUUCGCAUUCUGAUGAAACUGCCAAUUUAAAAAGAGAUAAAAUAUAUCAGUGGCCUCAUGGACUGACGCCACCGAUGAAAAAUGUUCGUCGACGUCGUUUUCGAAAAACAAAAAAAAAGAAAUAUAUGGAUGCACCUGAGGUGGAACGUGAAUUAAAACGUUUGUUAAGAGCCGAUUUAGAAGCACAUUCAGUUCGCUAUGAGGUUCCUUUUUUCAUUAAUUUAUAA